AUGAUUGCUGUUGCGUUGCUGCCGCUGGCGUUAUGGACCCUCUGUGCUUCUGCCUUCUUCCCGUACACCCCCGUAUGGUUGAAAGAGAAAAAGGAGCUUUCCUUGCCGGUUGAGGCGAAGCGGAAUGCUGCUGCGUAUGCGGUCAAUCGUGGGGUUUCCUUUGCCCUCGAGCGGAAAGCAGGCCGGAACAAUGGCUCACCGGCUUCGAGAGCUUCAAAACAAGCCAUCUGGCUGAGGACCAAAUAUGGGCACGCGAAUUCGGCGGCUGCUGCAAAUGUUGAUUUGGAGAAGAGGUCCGCAAACUCGUAUCAUGUUAUAAAUGCCACCCAACCAACUCAGUCCAUGGCUGCGGGAAUCGACCAGGACGGUACCGACUAUUCAUACUUCAUCACAGCUCAGCUGGGUUCCAAGGCCAGGCAGUUCUACAUGUUGCUGGAUACCGGUGCCGGAUCGAGUUGGGUGAUGGGAUCGAGCUGUACCGACAAGGCCUGCACCAUGCACAAUCUCUUUGGAUCGGGCGACUCUGAUACGCUGGUCGAGGCGAAGAAGUCUUUCACCAUUUCGUACGGGACUGGAACGGUCCAGGGCAGCAUCGUCUCCGACGCAAUCAGCGUAGCCGGCAUUAGCGUCCAGUACUCGUUCGGCCUUGCUUCAAAGACUUCUGAUGACUUUGCCUACUUUGCGUUUGACGGCAUUCUCGGCAUGUCGAUGAGUCAGGGAGCCAGCGCCAACUUUCUCAAGACGCUGGCCGAUGCCAAGAAGCUUGACAAGAACAUUUUUGGCGUUUCGCUCAAUCGUGCCUCGGACGGGACAAACGAGGGCGAAAUCAGGUUUGGCGCAACGAAUGCCGACAAGUACACGGGAGACAUUAGUUACACGGCAGUGGGCAAGGACGGCGACUGGGCCAUCCAGCUUGACGAUAUGGCCUAUGACGGUAAAAAGGCGGGGACGGGAGGGGUGCUGAGCUACAUCGACACGGGCACUUCCUUCAUCUUUGGACCGGCGGAUCUGGUCAAGAAGCUUCACGCGGUGGUUCCGGGCUCGGGCAGCGACGACGGGUUGACCUUCAAGGUGCCAUGCGACAGCGACAAGUCGCUGACGUUUACCUUUUCCGGAGUCGACUACCAACUCUCGCCUCGGGACUGGAUUUCGCCAAAGGACAGCUCGGGCAAGUGCACCAGCAACAUCUAUGGGCACGAAGUCGUCCAGGGAGCCUGGCUCCUGGGAGACACGUUCCUGAAGAAUGUCUACGCUGUAUUCGACAGAGACCGGAAGCGGAUCGGGUUCGCCGCUGCAGCCGGCUCCCAGAGCGCUUCGGGCGACGGCUCGCCCACGUCGACGUCCACCAGCCCGACGACCGGCACGGCAACCAACCUGACCGGCCAAGUCUCGGGCACGUCCGGCAGCUCUACCCCGUCCAACCAGUCGCCCAUGGGUCUCGGGGGCCAUGAAACAGGCGCAGCGGGGUCUGGCCGCGACGCAGCAAAGCCUACGGAAUCGUCCAAGUCGUCUGCUGCAAGUGCCGGCCGCCGAUGUUGGGCACAAGUCGCGAGCAGCAUCUUGAUGGUGGCCCUGGCUGUCGUGGGCGCAUGA